AUGGCGCUGACGCUGGCUCGCCGCAGCUUCGCGCUCUACGCGCUUCUCGCUUGUCUCUCUGUCUCCUCGCCCUUUUCGGGUGCAGAGGCUGGGCUCUACUCGCCCAACGGACCCGUUAAGGUCCUCUCCAGUCAGCAGUUCAAGGAAACGGUCGUGAAUUCGAAUGAUCUCUUCAUCGUCGAGUUCUACGCCGACUGGUGCGGACACUGCCAGCGCUUCGCCCCGGAGUUCGAGAAGGCAGCGAAGGCUCUGCGCGGCAUCGUAACCCUCGUCGCGGUCUCAGACCAGGCUGCUAUGGGCGAGUACGGCGUUCAAGGCUUCCCCACUGUCAAGGCCUUUGUUGGACGAGGCGGAAAACCCCCAAAGACCUUCGACUACAACCAGAACCGCGACGCUGCGUCUCUCAUCGAGUUCGCCAUGAUGCAUGCAGGGAAACUGGCCAAAGCUCGCCUAGCAGUCGGUUUUCUCUUCUUCGCGAAGCGUGGGAUUUUUUCACGAGAGAAAGGACAGGUCCGUUUCGUGUUUCCAGGAAAGAUUGACGCGGGCGCAGAUGCCAAGCCCUCCGAGAGCACCCCGCCGAAGAAGGACGGCCCCUCAGACGUCAUUGAAUUGACAGAUGCGAACUUCAACCAGUUGGUCAUGAAGGACGACAAGAGUGUUUGGUUCAUUGAGUUUUACGCGCCAUGGUGCGGACACUGCAAAGCACUUGCGCCGACGUGGGAAGAAGUGGCGACAGCGUUGAAGGGUAGAGUCAAAGUUGGCAAGGUCGACGCCACUGUCGAAAAGGUCAUCGCCGGCACCUACGGCAUUCGGGGCUUUCCGACACUGAAACUCUUCCCCGCGGGCGAGAAGAGCGUCGGCAUGGUCAAAGACUACGAAGGACCACGGACGACAGAGGCGCUCCUCAAAUACGCCUUGGAAUUCUUCAGUGUCAACGUGACUGCCGAGCAGCUGCUGACUGAGAAGCAGUUCCGAGAUGCGUGCGGAGACAAACUCUGUGUCCUCGCCUUCCUGCCGCACAUCCUGGACAGCAAGAAGGAGAAGAGAAACGAGUAUCUCGCCACGCUGAACCAAGUCGUGCGAGCCUCCUUCCACAUGCCCAUCACCUUCUUCUGGUCGCAAGGUGGAGACCAAUUUGAAUUCGAGGAACAACUCAACCUCGCGUUUGGCUACCCCGCCGUCGUGGCUAUUCACCUGUCCAAGGGGAAAUACUCCAUUCACCGUGGAGACUUCAGCCAGGAAAGCAUUAACACCUUCAUUACGCAGCUGCUUGCAGGCAAGGCGCCGAUCUCAGAGCUGCCGAAGAACCUCAAAAAGCUGGAAGACGCGCGUGCGUGGAACGGCGAGGACGAAGAACUCCCGAAAGACGAACUUUGA